AUGGAUCUAAUUCAUGACUUCUUCGAUGAUGCACUAUUCUUUUACCGGUCGAAUCCAUCUGUUAAAGGAGGUCAACCGAAAAACAGGUUCAAAGUGACAGUUCACAGUGACAAGUUGAGUAUAGUGCCUGAGGGUUCGAAUACUCCAAUCGACGUUGUUGUCUUUGAGGAUGUCGUAGCGGUGAACCAUGGGGACCUGACGAUGCAAAUCACGUUGUUGGAAGCUAAACCUAAGGGCUGUUUUUCUAAGGCAGGGAGACGGCGAAGAGAUGUAUAUUUAAAGAGGCAGCAGUCUUCGAAUACACUUGACUUGACUGCUACGGCGCUACUUCAUUAUGCCCUUGGGGACUUGGAUGAAAUGGUGAAUAGUGCGGAGUGCCCGACUCGAACCAGGGUCCUACUGCUCAUCAAUCCGGCUAGUGGCAAGGGCAAGGCUGAGAAUCUGUAUUAUAAGUAUGCUGCACCACUGUUCAAGUUGGCUGGUGAUCGAUUCGCGGUUGAAACUGUGAAGACUGUGAGUACUCAACAUGUUCGGCAUCUGGGAAUGGACAAUGCUGAUAAAUAUGAUGCCUUCAUUACGUGUGGUGGCGAUGGGGUCAUGCAUGAAUUACUGCAAGUUGAUGUUGAGUCCGAAGCAUUUCGACUCAUUGGCGAUGCACGGUUCACACUAUAUGGAUUGUGGCGCGUUCUUUGGCUCCGUCACUAUGUUGGGAAAGUAUCGUACGUCCUCAGCUCAGAUGUUAAGGAGCCUCUGAAUGGUCUACCACCAGAAGACAGCCCUUUGUGGACUACUGAGGAAGGGGAUUUUGCCGGAGUCUGGCUGAACAACCUGUCCCAUAGUGCUCCCAACCUUAUGAUAGCUCCUCAUCAAGAACUGAAUGAUGGUCAAUGGGCAUUGCGUUGUCCACGUCGGGAGGACUUUGGCUUGGUGAAGUUCGCAAGAAGCUCGAUGACUAUAAGCCAAGGGAAGGAGACAGUGUUGGCGCCAUCGUGGGGCGAGAAGUGUGUAGUGGCAUGGAAGAUUGAGCCUGUUGAUGAGGGUGUCCUCAACAGAGGUGUUGGUUUUUGUACAGAUGGGGAGGUCAUCCCAAAGGGUAGAUCAACUGUGAACUCAACCAAAGCUCACUUUGUCGUGCCAGAUUCCCAACGCAUAAGAGGGAGACACGCUGAAAGUAUAGGAGUAUGUGAUAAGAGUUUGUGGAAGAAAUUCGAAAAUCGGCAAGCGGGGGCAUGCAGGGUUGGGGACUAUUUCGUGCUUAACACGCUUGGGGUCGGCACCUUUGGGAAGGUGAAGUUGGCUGAACAGGUGGUUACUAAGGAAAAGCAGCAGCAGAGUCCCAAAUCGAACAUUGGUGACCUGAAGGCCGGCACCAAGGUGUGGGUCUUCUACCAAAUGCAGAAGAGCCCUAGAGACCCUGCUUGGUUUGCCGUCGACACCCACGUACAAGGCUAUAACAGACCACAGAUUGGCUGGACCGAUCGAUGGCAGCCAGCGAUUGUCAUCAACGAUUUCAAGGAGGCUGAGUUCAACCCUGCUCGUCACGAGACUUACGUCAAGGUACGAUACGAGCAUCGUAUAUGGUUCGAUCGGGAACAGGAUGUGUUGAAUACAACUGAUACUAGGAAUAUUGAGCAAGCCUACUAUCCCUCUGACGUCCGCCUUACUGAGCCUUCGACACCGAGCCUCUCUGUUUUUGUGGUGCGGUGGGGAAAUCCUAAUUUUGGUAACGUGAACGAAUACGACUGGCAGAGUUGGGGAGAGGCCGGUUCUAAUGUUUCUGAUACUUAUAUAUGCCAUAUGAUGCAGAAGGGCAUAAGGAAGGUUGCGAAGAACGACUACGAGGUGCUUAGUGCGUUCGUUACCAGUGCUGAAGAUCUGAGGAAAAUCAGUCCCCUCGCGAUACGACAAAUGCUGACUGGGCGCCAUAAGGCUGCGAUGUACUUCCUGUGGCCCACUGCAUUCGAAGAUAACAUCACUGAUGCUGGUGGAUACAUUGAUAAGGACGCCUUCUUCGAGUUGAUGGUUGGUGUAGAGGCCAUGGGAGUUCCCACCAUGUUCCCCCAUCCUAGCCACUUGUUGGAUACGAUCGUGUCCAAGGCAUUCUAUGCUCAUCUAUGUACGAUACCCGAUCUCCAUAUGCCCCCUACGACCCGUGUUUCUCGUGGCCAUGUUGUUGCCUCUCCAGAUAGUGCAGCUAGACUCACUUGGGAGCGGCUAUCAGCCUUGUGUGAUAUGACCAGUGGUGGGGUGCAGAAGAAUAAGCCCCUUCCUCGAGGCGCUAUUGCUAAGCUGGGGUAUUCCUGGGAGGCUGCUGAUGUUAGUCCAGCCAACCGCUUUGACUUUCUGGUUGGUUAUGAUAGGGAUGAUGGUACAGCAGGCCCUAGCGUGUAUCUAGGGGAAGUCGGCGAGCUGGGUUUCAGUAUGGUUGACUUCCCUGAAGGUCCCCGUAAGGUUUUCAAGGAGAUCGGCAUACGGUGCCUGAAGACGACCCAAGAAUGUGACAUGAUCCGAAUCACCAACGAUGAGUACGGCUGA